AAAUAAGGUGAUGAAAUUAAAAAGUGAUAAACAAGAAAAAUGUUUUUAUAUAUAAUAUAAUUUUUGAAGCGCCAAACAUGAGGGUUUUUAAUUUUUUCUAAUAUUCGAAAAACUAGAAGCACCGUCAGCGUGUAGGCUAUAAAUAUAGAAUUGAAUUGGAAAAGUAGACAACACGAGUAACCUCUCUUCCUCCCACUUUCUUGCUUACAAUCGGUAAUGGCCACCAAAAUCUGUUUCUCCUUUUCUUCUUCUCCUUUCCAUCGCAAUACAAAUGCCAAGUUGAGGUUAUCGCAGUUUGUCAACCGGCAAAGUGUUGCUCACCUGACAAUUCGUGAUAAAGACAAAACAUACCAGUAUGUGCAUGGAGUGCCAAAGUUAAGAGGAAGGCUCCAGAAACAGCAGUAUGCGUUUGUUGACGUCUUUGAGGAUCGCUCACAAAUCAAUGGGCUCCAAACAGCUGCUUUAGUGCCAAAAAACCAUGAUUCUAAUGCUGAGGAUAUCUUUUCUAUUAGCAACCCAUCUUUUCAUUUAUCAGGAAAUGAUGGAAAGCCCGGAGUAGUCCCAUUUUGUAACCGUCCAUUUAGCCGGAAUAAUGAAGUCAUUUUAUCAAAUUCAGGAAGGAUUCUGAACAGCCUAUUAUGUUUUAUAGGCCCUGGUGUCCUUGUUGCUUCUUUCAUUUGGCCUUCAUUCUGUUUUCCUGGAUUAUUCCGUAGAAUUUGUGGAAACUCGUCAUCAACAUUUUUCCUCGUCUUAUUCCUCAUAGAAGUAAUUUCCUAUUGCGGAGUUGCGUUUUUUCUUCUUCUACUAGACCAUUUAAUGAGACCAAUACAAUUGGAUCCUUCUGCAAACAACAGUGACACUCUGACCCCGCAAUUGGGACACCGUAUCUCUUCUGUUGCUACCCUGGUGCUUAGUCUCGCAAUUCCAUUGAUCUCAAUGGGGUUGGCCUGGCCAUGGACUGGCCCCGGAGUUCCUGGAGUUUUUACUCCAUACCUGGCUGGUAUAGUUGUCCAAAUCAAAUUUGAGCAGCAGGCAAGAUAUCGGAAGUCACCUUCAAGGGCUGCCAUUCCUUUUAUCUUCAGUGUAUACAGAUUGCACCAACUAUAUAAAGCAGCACAUCUGGUAACAUAUAUGGUAUUUGAUUUUAGUGGAGUUGAGAUACCUGUUUUGAGUAGAUUUGCAGUUGUCAUUAAUAUCCUUCUUGUGAUUUGCAUUUGGUCUUUCUCAAGCUACCUCAUGAGAUUCCUACAUUCUGCUUCUGCAACUACGCAGUGAUGCCAAGUUGAUGUAAGGUUUGUUCAUAAUAUCAUCUCACUGUUCAAAACACACCCUAGGUGGUAUCUCUGGGUGGAAUGUUUCUAGAUGUACUUGGGUUCAUUUUUUUUCUUCCUUUCAAUAAAAACUAAACAAUCUGUUAGGCAUUGAUCCUCUAGCUAGUCCAAUACUGAUUGUGGCUGUUAGAACUUGUGAAUGAGAAUUUUAAAUACAGAAAGUCAAAUCAAGGGAUAUUGUUUGUAGUUCUAUGUCGGCGUACAUUUAGAAUUCUAAUGGAUUUGUUCGUCCUA